ACCGGCGCCGGGAGUUGGUAAACUGACUCCGCGGGGUGUAGCGGGAUGGUUCCUAGGUGCCAGAUUGAAGUGUUGUAUUUUGCAAAAAGUGCUGAAAUAGCGGGAGUUCGCUCGGAGACCAUUUCUGUGCCACAGGAAAUCAAAGCAUCGCAGCUGUGGAAGGAGCUAGAGACACUCCAUCCCGGCUUGGCUGAUGUUAGGAACCAGGUGAUUUUUGCUGUUCGUCAAGAGUAUGUCGAGCUUGGAGAUCAACAACUCCUGCUUCAGCCCGGAGACGAGGUUGCCAUCAUCCCACCAAUCAGUGGAGGAUAGUGCUUCUGAGCCAUUGGGGAAAGAUGUGGAUGAUGUUCAGGAAAAACCUAAAGACAUAAUACAGUUCACGGCCGAGAAGCUCUCAGUGGGUGAAGUGUCACAGUUGGUGGUGUCCCCUCUGUGUGGUGCAGUGUCUGUCUUUGUAGGGACUACAAGAAAUAACUUUGAAGGCAAGAAAGUCAUUAGCUUAGAAUAUGAAGCAUAUGUACCAAUGGCAGAAAAUGAAAUCAGAAAAAUUUGUAAUGACAUUAGGCAGAAAUGGCCCGUGAGACACAUAGCGGUGUUCCAUCGGCUUGGUUUGGUUCCAGUGUCAGAAGCAAGCACAGUUAUUGCUGUGUCUUCAGCCCAUAGAGCUGCAUCCCUCGAAGCCGUGAGCUACGCCAUUGAUUCUUUAAAAGCCAAGGUGCCCAUAUGGAAAAAGGAGAUAUAUGAAGAAUCAACAUCAUCUUGGAAAAGAAACAAAGAAUGCUUCUGGGCAGCUGGGGACUAGUCAAUUUUUGGUGCACUAAAUCUUAAAUUUGAUAAUCUCAUAGGUUACACGAAUGGAGAAAUAGCGAAGUGUGUGAGUGUGUGGGAUGAGGGGCUGCCUAGGACCUAAAGAUGGGAAGAAAGGGCUUAACUUAAACCUGAGAUAAGGUGUCUGAUAGACUCAUCCCUCUGGGACUAACUCCUAACUGUAGCCAGCUCACAAUGAGCUACAGCCUUCCUUUUACCUUCAGCUGUCUCAGGAAGACCUCGCUGUCCCAGAGUGCAUGGACAGCAUCGUUAUCAGGCAUGUAUUAACAAAAAAGUUGUCAAAAUCAAAAAGUCAUUCUCAAUGUUGAUAUUACAUAUUUUACAUAACUUAAAAGUGAACCUAAAUAAAUCAUGAUUUAAACAGUC